GGGUACUGAGCACUGAAGGAGCCAAGGAAGGAGCCUGGGAGGUCUUGAGUCCUCCCUCCAUCUCCACCUGCCAUGAAGCUCUCUCCAAUUUCCCUUGGUUCCCUCUUCCUUGCGGCUACCUUUGCCCUGGCUGCUGUUUGCCCAUUGGAAGCUGCCAAAGAGACUCAGGAUGAGGCUCAUGAUAGAGCCAACUGUUGCCUUACCUACGUGAAGAAACCAAUUCCAUGCAAGGACAUAAAAUACUACGAAUGGGCACCCAGCACAUGUCGCAAGCCGGCUGUCAUAGUCUACCUGAAGAGGAACAACAAAAAGAAAUGUGCUGACCCCAGCAAAGAAUGGGUCCAGAAGAUCCUGAAGUGUUUCCCACCACCAUCAUAGAGACAACAUCCCUCCUGCUCCCUGCCUCCUUGUUAUGGAAAUCACAGGGGUGGGGGUGGGGGUGGGGAGGCACAUCUUUAAAGUUGUUAAAUGUUACAACUAUUAUGCAUAAAUGUAUCCUUUCAACUUGACAGCUCAGGGAAGUUACCUAGCUUUAAAAGUCAUAUAAAAUCAACUCCUUUGCCAGUUUCCUCCAUUCCAACGCUAUUUUGUCCUUGAAAAAGGGACUCCAGGAAGGUACUCUUGGGUGACAAUCGCUGGCCAAGAGCUCUCCUCUGGAGUUACCCAGGUGCCAGACUAUGCAAACCAAAGCUCUAAUGUCCUCUUCCAGUAAGUGCUUAGAAUGUACCUCCCAAUACAUAUUCUGUAUUUGCAUGUUACCCCAACACAUUCCUCCUAUGUUAAUCAUGUAGAACCCUCCCCUUUUCUGAUGUAGCGAUGAUGCUUAGUGAACUGUAUGCUGGGAUAAGAUAGAAACUUUUAAAUGUUCUUGUCACCCCUUUCUCGGGGUUCAAUUCCUCUUUGAACCUGUUGCGCAAUAAAAUUUGGUCUAUG